AGUGUGUAUAGGUGUGGGUCGUACUUAAAUAUCUGAUUAUAUCGAUAACACAUCAUAUGACACCGCAGUGUAGUGUGUAAGAAAUAGUUUAAUGAUGUAUAAAAAUUCGUGAAAGAUAUUAAUCGUGAUCUUUCUAAAAAAAAAAAAAACUUUUAUUUUACAAAAUGUCUGGAUUAACUUUCGUGGACAUUUGUUGUUUUACACUGUUUUCGCUGCUGUUGUUGGAGAGUGACAUCGUCUCUGCUUUCGAUUGCGUGAAGACAGGACCAUGCCAGUGUCAGUUAAACGAUGGGACGGUCAUUGAUCUAUCUCCUCUGUCCAGCAGUGAUGUCAAUAAUCCUAAAUUCAUGGACCUACCUGGACCUACUACAACUGAUCUGUAUUCAUGGAAUCCCUGUGCAGACUUCUCGGAAGGACCAGAUAAUUGUCAAAACGUAGCGGUUUGUAAUAUCCACCAAAACUUACCAGACGCCUCUUACUUCAGUCUCGGAACUACUGACUCGGUAACAUAUACCACCGAUGAUAUUGGAGCGGUGACAAUAUCAUACCAAUAUUCACAAAGUGGCGCAGCACAACGCAACUCACAUAUCCUAUUGUCAUGUGACCAAUCCCAGGAAGGAACAUUUACAGCUCAAGGGCCAUUACCAGACCCUACCAGUCCCGAUUAUUACUUUGCACUGACAAGUAAAUAUGCUUGUGCAAGUAAGCCUGGUGGUGGUGGCGGCGGCGGCAGCGGUGGGGUGUCUGCCGGAACCAUCAUAUGCAUUGGUGUUUUCGCCAUAGCCAUUGUAUAUGUGACUGUCGGUAUCUCAAUCAACGUUUUCUAUAGAAAGCAUAUCGGUGUAGAAAGACUUCCCAAUGUCACGUUCUGGAUGGCGAUACCAGGCCUUAUCCGAGAUGGUUGUAAAUUCAUACUCACAUGCGGAAGGAAAUCGACGGUUUAUGAUAAAAUAUAGCAAUUCCACAUACAAUAUAUGAAAGUGAAAUUGUGAAUAGAGCUUACGUUCUCAAAAUUAAUCAUGAACAUGUUGUUCAUCAACACAAAAUCAAUAAUACCGGUCUGAGAACCUCAUCCCUCUUCUUGCUGAACGUGAGAAGUAUAUGUGAACCACAUAAUGCCUGGAUUCCGUCCUCUCAGAAACUUGGAUUCUUCAAUGGACCAGUUCACCAUUAGUGUGUAUUUUGAAUGAAGUUUGUGGACUUUCAAUGAUGGAAAAUAUUCUUUGAAUGAAUGACAGAUGAAAUUGUUUAAAUAUAUAUUGGUCAUAAUUGA